AUGAGUGCUAUUGGUGAGGAAGAUGACAUGCAAAAAAUGCCACCACCAUAUCCGGUGGAAACGACAAUGCCUGUUCCGGAUGACGAGAAAGGUUCGGUGAUUGAACAACAACCUGCUUCACAUUGUGGCAAUGUACCUGUAUUCAUUCCGGGUCCAGAUGCAGAACACAUUGUUUGUCCAUAUUGCGGCAAAGACGUUACAACACGUGUACAGUAUAGAGUUGGAUUAUUAACAUGGAUGGGUUGCACUGGAAUUGUUCUUUUUGGAGGUAUAUUCGGGUGUUGCUUAAUACCAUUUUGUGUCGAUGCUUGCAAAGAUGUUGAUCAUUACUGCCCAGUGUGUAAUCACUAUUUGGGUAUAUAUCGCCGGUGCUAA